CUAGCAGGCAUGCUAUAGACAAAAUAUAGAGUGAGUGUUAGCACCUGGAAAAUCAUAGCAGACAUUUUCAGUAUUCACUAAAUUUUCAAAAGUUUUCUAAUUAAAAUUGACUAUCUGUCGUGUGUUUCUACUUUUUGCUUAAAAGUACAAUGUUUGUGAUUAAUUAAAAUACCACUUUACAUAAACAUCCGCGCACGCGUCGUAAUAAUCCGUAUAUCGAAAAAAGUAGGUACUCUAUGGUCGAAAUUUCUACCUCACUGAGGCGUACAAAAUGAUUGAAUUCACCAUAAAAACGUUAGAUUCCAACAAUCAUCACUUCACUGUGAACGAUGAGACCACUGUGCAACAGCUCAAGGAGAAGGUUAGGGAGAAGAUGGGAAUUGAAACUAAUCUGCAACGUCUCAUCUUCUGUGGUAGGGUUAUGCAAGAUGAAAAGAAGCUAACUGAUUAUGAUGUCGACGGGAAGGUUGUGCACUUAGUGCAGCGUGCUCCUCCGUGCCCUGAGAACAGGACGGCGCAUGGCAGCGGCAGUGGCGCCGUCGGAGGUAGCAGCGGCAGCGGUGGCACCAGCGGCCUCGCGAGUGGAGGUGGCUUGCGUGGCUCCAGGGGAAGAUACUUCCACAUCUCUAACACACCAUACAGCAACAAUGCCGAAGACCCGGAAAAUGCUGCUAUGCAACAGGAAAUCCGACGCAUCAUGGUCAACUCUUUGGCCGGAGCACCAGAUUUCGUGAUUGACCAUCACCAACAGAUGUCGCUGUCACCAACUGCAGGACGCUUGGAAACCAUACGGCGUAUGAUUGCGGAAAUAAAGGCUUCAUUAGCCAUUCUUCGAGCCCACAUCGCUGGCGAGGAAAGUUCUGGAGAACCAGCUAGCAGCGAAACCACCGCAGAACCUAUGGACAACGAAAACACUUCUGGCGCCACAAUAGACGAGCAGAGCGAGCCAAAUCUAGACGAAAAUGGAGAUGAGGUUUUGCCCGAAACGCCACCUAUCCGCUUUCAUCCCCGCCGCAGGAGUCACAGAGUUGUGAGGGCAAUGCGUGCCCGCCACACUCAGCCGCGUCACCUUGGCCAGCUGAUAGAGGAACUGGAGACGUUGCAAGAGCAGUUUGCGCCAUAUCGCGCGGGCUACGUGAGCUUACUGCGUGCCGCCAACGAACCCGAGCCGCCUUUGUACACUGAUGACGAGAGAGCGAGCAACCAACGCACUGUGGACAUGGUCUCUGACCUGAUGCACAGCUUCGCGCACGCGUACCACGCGGUCAGCGAUAUCACCUUCACCGUGGGACAGCGCAACCCGCGCCUCUUCGCCGAGGCUGCCGUCAGUCGCCAUCUGAUCCCUAUGCAGGCGCAUAUUAACGUGAUUCAGUCUAAUCGGCGUCAACAGUCCACCCCGAACACUUCGACCACGACUGGCUCUGGGAGUGCCGAGAACGCGGCGCCGACUCAAGCGACCGCUGCAGCCACUGCCACAACCACCACCACAUCUUCGACCAACGCCGAAGCAAACGCCACUCAGACGACACGAGGCACUCAGCAGUCCGCCACAGCCGGUAGGAACACCACCCAACCGACUGUCAAUAUAAACAUUCAGCCAGAACCUAUCAGCUAUCAGUUAGAAAUAGAAACCAGGGUGCCCAUCGCGUUCCCUCUGGAGAGCACCCUUUCUAACGGGCUGAACAAUGCGAGGACUCCCGGCCAAUCACAGUCGCCCCGGAAUCAGGGGCCACAGACUCAGAGCCAACAGAAUCAAUCGAAUCAACAGGAGCAGAACCAAAACCAACAGAACCAAGCCAAUCGCCGUCCAAUGCUAUCCGAUUUUGAAAAUUUACUUAGAGGAUUGGCAUAUCCAGGUGGACUCGGAGGCGUGGAAGUUGUAAUGAGUAUGGAAGAGAUACCGCAAGGUGUUGGUGUUGGUCUUGGAAAUCUUAGUAAUCUUGUUGGUGCAUCUGCAAACACUGCUAACAAUGCUCAGCAAGCUUCAACUGCUCAUCGGCCUGAAGGAGGAGCUCCCAGUGCUGAGGUCCUACAGAACCUCCUGUCGACAGUGAUCCGUCAGGGUUUGAUACCCGGCGUUGAGGGUGUGGCGGUGCAGAUUCCGAAUUCGCUCGCCGUUCAAUUGCACAAUUUCAUCGAAACUCAAGCUCAGACUUUGGGCCAGAAUCCGGGUCAACCGAGUCAAGGGCAAAAUCAAAGUCAGACCCAAAGUUCUGGAUCAGGACAGGCCCAAAGUUCUGGCCCGGGACAGGCCCCAAGUUCUGGCCCGGGACAGGCCCAGAGUCAUGGAUCGAGGCAAACCCAGGGGCAGGAACAAACUGCGGAACAGCCUUCUGCUCAGACCUCUGAAAGGUUUAAUCUGGAGACAGGAGUCAACGCUAACAGCACUCCGAUCCGACAAGGAGGUCCAAUGCAGUUUUUCCGUACCGCCAACACUGGCCGCGCCCAAGCACAAGCAUUGGCUCUGGCUAGUCUUGUAUACGACAGAUACUUGCAAUGUGACAGUCAACACACACGUCGCCGUCUACAACGACGCAGGGAACAUCACCAACAGCAAAUGGAGCAGCAGGAGCGCACUAGGGCGGAGAGGAUCGCUUCGAUAAACAUUGAGGCGUUGCGCCAUCGUCGCCUUGAUUUGACACCGCGUCACAUGACAAACAUCGUGCAUCUUCUGAAUAGCUCGCCGUCUCCGGCAUCCUGGUUCAACGCGCUGAUGGUAGCAAUUGCGCGUCAACAGUACAUGUCGGACUUGCUUCACGCGUCCGGCUCGGAGCCAGCGCUGCUCCCUCACGAGUUUCAAGAGCUCAAGUUGCUUCUGCGCAGCUACGUGCAGCACUUGAUCAUUCGCUCCGGAAACAAUGAGAGCGACAACGCGUUCCAAAGCGUGGCGGACUACCUCAUCGAGCAGAAUGAGGAGUUCAUCGAAAACAUGGGCAACGUCACUGGCAUCCGCAGCGACAUCGACCCCGUGGAGUCUAUCCGCGCAUUGGUGCGUUCGCGCCUUCCCGCCGUCAUAGCGUGCGUCAUGUCGGACUCUAGUACCGAAAUGUUCGUGGUGCGCUUCUACGCGAUGUUCCUGCGCAUCUACUCGGAGCUGUGUGCGUUAAUAUGCCAUAUGUGCGACGAAGGUGAACACGGGUUGCGGCAACUGUACAUGGCAUACUUGGAUGAAGUUGUGCAGCAAUUCGACGAGCCAAUUCGUUCGACGAUGCGCGUCUUUGGCUUGGAUAACAUGGUGGGCAUCAUGGGCAAUAUCGCCAAUCAUCAAGAGACUAUUGCACAGUUCGUGCGCCGAAGAGAUGGUGUAAUGCCGAAUAUUUCGCGUCCUGAGCCAAUGGAAGAGGCCACAGCUACGCCCCCCAACGCCCAAGAUGAACCGAUGCAGACGACGCCGCCGUCCACGCCCGCGGUACCGGCGGAGCCGACGACUGCGCCGACCACCGUCACUAGGCCGGAGAGCCAGACCUUCUUGCCUGCGCAGUCGCCUAUACUGCCCUGCAGAACUAACCAUCCGAGCAGGAACAAAGCGACGAGAUCAACCAGCACGACUUCUACCCAGAGCGCCAGUAAUAAUGAUCAAAACAUACGCAUUGUGCCCCCCAUGGUGAUCGUGCAGCACUGGGGCGAGGAGUGGGUGCCGGUGUUCACGCGCGACCAACAGGAGCAGCGGCCGGAGCCCGCGGAGCCCUACAGCGACGCCUACCUGUCGGGGAUGCCGUCCAGGAAGCGGCGCUGCGUGAGGCAAUCGCGGCCGCCCGCUACUCUCGACGGACUCAUGAAUGAGAGCGUGCGCGAAGCGUCGUCGCGCGAGGGUCGCGAGUCGCGCGUAGUUCAGCUGGAGCGCGUGGAGCGGGACAGCGCCAUUCGUGCGGCAUUCCGCGAGCGGUUGCGGCACAUGGCGCGCGCUCGUGCGAGCGGCUCCGACGACUACGACCCGCACCGGUACGCGUCCGCCGCGCGCUUCCUGAGCCCGCCCAGUUUCAGACCGAACAGGCAAGAACAGACGGAAACCGAAAACAAAGAAAAUGGCGUCUGAAUAAUUAACUGGACGACCCGGUGGUAGAUAAUAUAACCAAUAUUGUCCUGCUAUUUUAUCUGCUUGGCCUAUAUUACCAGGCUUCUUUUAAUUAAAUUGCAAUGCAAUUAGACAGAUCACUAUAAUCGUUAAAUGUUUCCGACUAAAUCGCAUGAUAUUAAGGACAGUGUAAUACGUCUUUUUAAUCAUUUCAACCGUUUACAUGUUAUAAAGUUCAAUAAAUGUUUAGUGAAUUAGUCAUCGAUAUUUAAAAUGUGGAUUUAUAACAACUAAGAUUGGUAGGUGAAUCGAUUUUAUCAUUAUAGUUUCUAUAUUAUAUAUACAAUUUAUCCAGUGAAAGUUUAUUAUUUUAAUCUGUAUUUAUUAUUUUACUUUAUUCAUUGUUACAUUAUUUUGUGUGCUUUCUCUUGUUUUCAUUGGUGUUUAUAUCAUCAUGUUUUUUUUAUCAUAAUGCAUGAUUUUGAUUCACACGGGCCCACUUGCACCUAAGUUCUUAAAUUUAAAAGCUAAAAAAAGUUUAAGCAGCUAUCUCUAUUUGACACUGAACUAUUGACAAAUUGGAAUGGUGUUUUAAACAGCAUUAAGCCUUAAUUUGAUUUAAGUAUUUUGAUGCAAGUGACCCUCACUAUAUAUAAUUAUUAUAUAAUAAUAAAAAAAAAAUAUAAUUACACUUACUAGAGGUGACUACUUAAUUAGAAAUCUUUAAAUAAGUAAUCUCCGAAAAUGUUUUAGACAGUCUGAUGGUACUUGAUAAUACAUUAUCCAGAGCAAUAUUGUUAGUCUCAUUAUGAAUAUUGUCAAAUAAUUACAUUUUUGCUUACCCAUGCUGUAUUUUUAACCGUAUGGUUUUUCGUACAUCUUUGUUCCAAAGUCUUGGCAAGUAUGGUUUAUUUUGGUCCAAACUUAGACGUUAAAAGUUAGAAGACUUCUCUCAUCUAGGCCUAGCAAGAUAUACUCCAUUAACAGUUGUUGAUUUUUUAGUGAUGAUUUAAUGAAAGAAGGAAAGCAAAGUUUUUCCUUACGAAUUCUACUUUAAAAUCAAAACUACUACUACUUUAACAACAUAAAACCUAAAAUCUUAAUACCGGCCAAGUGCGAGUUAACCUCCCUCGUUAGUCUUGCUAAUUCAAUAGCCAAAAAUGGUCUGUUGUAUCACAAAGCCUUACUGCAGAACGGCAGAACAGCUAUAAAACAAAAUGCCUAAAAUCAAUGUCUAAAAGCAAAAACGUCUAAAAACUUAUUAUACCUAGAAAGCAUAAAUCCUAAAAUCAUGACAUUUGAUAACUUCAGUAAAAUUUAAUUCUAUUCUGAAGAUAAUGAAUCGUUGAGAAAAACGAAAAAAAAAUAGAAAACGUGUAAAAUCACCUAUAUAAAAAAGUUAUUCUUUUUUUAUUUGCAAGAAAUAAUUUUGUAAAGCAUUAUUUAAAAAAAUCUAAAAUCUCUUGACUUUAUUUUUUACGAAAAUUUAAUAGUACAGACUUACUGAAAUUUAAUACUGCUUUUAGUCAUUGUGCGUUUUAGGGACUUGCAUUUAUAGACAUUCUGCAAAUUAGGCUUAAUACUAAUACGUAAUCUACGUGUGAAAGGCAUAUACGGAUGCGAAGGAUCUUUUUCUUUUAACGUGAAGGUUUUGAAAGCUGUUUUAUUUCAAACUUAUUGUUAUUUCAAGCAGGAUUGACUGUGGUAAUGUACAAUUGUAGUUUUAAUAAAAUAUAUUUAUGCGUAUUUCAUUUUCAAGCGUUUUUUUUUACUGUCAUUUACUUGAUAAAGUAGCGACUUAUGCAUUUGUAAAAAAAACUCACAACUCAACAACUUUGUAUAGAAGUCAUAGUUAAUAUUGUUGAUUGUUUGUCAUCUUAUGGGUUUGAUAAAAACUGAUUAUGAUCAUUAUUAGCUGUGCUAAAGUACAUGUUUUAGUUAGAAAGAAUGACCAUACACACACUGGCAUUUAUACAACACUGACGACUCCGUUGGCCUAUUUAACAGCACAUUUCGACCAUGUACUAUUUUAAUGAAUUGCUCACAUUUGAUUUUUUUUGAAUACUUGCAUGAUUAUCAUUAAAGAGAAUGAAUAAUAAAAGUUGAUUUAAUUGUUGAUUGUUUUCUUAUGAUAUGUACACAUAAUGUCAAUAGGGUUGUCUGAAAGCGAAUUUCCCGUUCCGAAACGAACGUAUUGUUGAUUUUGAUGAAUUUUCUGACAGCUCUGUUGACCAAAUAAUUAUUGAAGUUGUAGUCAAUUUUAAUUGUACGGAAAAAUGCUGAAAAAUAUCAAACGUGUAGUAGAUGUUAUGGGGAAAAUAAAUAUAAAUAUUCCAGGU